AUGCGAAAGUUUGCCAGAAUGCCACUGACCUACCGCAAGCCAGCCGGUCAGAAUAAUGAGCUGCAGGAGAGGUCUCCAAGUGAUGAUUCCCAGCAAGGGUACCAGUUCCCAAAUGCUGUAACAUCCAAUACUGACAGACAGCUCAAUGGGCAGAAUGAUGAGCAGCAGGAGAGGUCUCCCCCAGUGAUGAUGGUCAGCAAGGGUCAGAAUAAUGAGCUGCAGGAGAGGUCUCCAAGUGAUGAUUCCCAGCAAGGGUACCAGUCGCCAAAUGCUGGCAGAAUGAUGAGCAGCAGGAGAGGUCUCCCCAGUGAUGAUGGUCAGCAAGGGUACCAGUCGCCAAAUGCUAUUACAUCCAAUACAGACACACAGCUCAAUAGUCAGAAUAAUGAGCUGCAGGAGAGGUCUCCAAGUGAUGAUUCCCAGCAAGGGUACCAGUCGCCAAAUGCUGUAACAUCCAAUACUGACAGACAGCUCAAUGGUAAGAUCAGGCUGAGGCAGAAUGAUGAGCAGCAGGAGAGGUCUCCCCCAGUGAUGAUGGUCAGCAAGGGUCAGAAUAAUGAGCUGCAGGAGAGGUCUCCAAGUGAUGAUUCCCAGCAAGGGUACCAGUCGCCAAAUGCUGUAACAUCCAAUACUGACAGACAGCUCAAUGGUAAGAUCAGGCUGAGGCAGAAUGAUGAGCAGCAGGAGAGGUCUCCCCCAGUGAUGAUGGUCAGCAAGGGUCAGAAUAAUGAGCUGCAGGAGAGGUCUCCAAGUGAUGAUUCCCAGCAAGGGUACCAGUCGCCAAAUGCUGUAACAUCCAAUACUGACAGACAGCUCAAUGGUAAGAUCAGGCUGACAGGAGAGGUCUCCCCCAGUGAUGAUGGUCAGCAAGGGUACCAGUCGCCAAAUGCUGUUAUAUCCAAUACAGACACACAGCUCAAUAGUCAGAAUGAUGAGAUGCAGGAGAGGUCUCCAAGUGAUGAUUCCCAGCAAGGGUACCAGUCGCCAAAUGCUGUAACAUCCAAUACUGACAGACAGCUCAGGCUGAGGCAGAAUGAUAAGCUGCAGUUGAGGUCGCCCAUUAAACAUUGCCAGCAAUGGUACCAUAUCAACACACAGCUCAAUUGGCCAAAUGAUGAAAUGGUGAGGUCGUCCAGUGGUGAUGAAUGUGAUGAUGGUCAGCUAGGGUACCAGUCGUUGGUAGUUCUACAACCCCACCCCGACAUACAUCAAAGUGGUAAGAACUAG